UGCAACGCAAUUCCAUACAGAUACGCAGGUGUUUUCUCUUCAUCAAAAAUGGCAUUCAAAGUGGAUAGUCCCAACGUAAGUUACACUGAAAACUUUAUCAUCAGUGACUACAAGUAUGAAACAACCGAAAUACUCAAGGACAAUGGUACCAUGAGAGCUGUACCAGUCUCGACUCAGUUCAAGUUCCGUACUGAACGCAAGAAACCCAGAGUUGGCUGCAUGUUGGUAGGAUGGGGCGGCAAUAAUGGCACAACUGUUACAGCAGCCGUCAUUGCCAAUAAACUCGGUCUGUCAUGGGAAACCAAAAGUGGCAUGCAGCAUGCCAAUUAUUUUGGUUCUCUGACUCAAGCAUCAACAAUUUGUCUUGGAAGUGGACAACAUGGAGAUGUGUACAUUCCUUUCAAAGACAUUUUACCCAUGGUAGAACCAGAAGAUAUAGUGUUCGAUGGCUGGGACAUUUCCUCAUUGGAUUUAGCUGAAGCCAUGGAGAGAGCUUGCGUACUGGAUGUCCAGUUACAAAAACAACUGUACAAGCAUAUGGAAAAAUACAAGCCACGCCCAUCCAUAUACUUUCCAGACUUCAUUGCCGCUAACCAGGCUGAUCGUGCUGAUAAUGUUCUAAAUGGCAGUAAGCAGGAACAGAUGGAACAGAUACGAAAGGAUAUCAGAAACUUCAAGAAUGAUAAUGAACUUGACAAGGUGAUUGUUUUAUGGACUGCGAACACAGAACGCUUCUCGGAUGUCAGGUCUGGUCUCAACGACACUGCUGCAAACCUUCUAGCUUCCAUCAAGCAUGGUGAAUCGGAGGUUUCACCAUCGACUAUAUUUGCUGUUGCUAGUAUCCUGGAAGGAUGUGCAUACAUUAAUGGAUCACCACAGAAUACACUGGUUCCUGGCGUCAUUGAACUGGCUGCCAAGCACAAAGUAUUCAUUGGUGGGGAUGACUUUAAGUCUGGUCAGACAAAAAUUAAGUCGGUCUUGGUUGAUUUCCUUGUCAGUGCCGGUAUCAAGCCUGUAUCCAUUGUGAGUUACAAUCACCUUGGCAACAACGACGGAAAGAAUCUAUCUGCACCCCAACAAUUCCGUUCCAAGGAGAUCUCCAAGAGCAACGUAGUUGAUGAUAUGGUCCAGUCUAAUUCUAUCUUGUACAAAGAAAAUGAGAAACCAGAUCACUGCGUCGUUAUUAAAUACGUACCAUUCGUUGGUGACAGUAAGCGUGCGAUGGACGAAUAUACCUCUGAGAUUAUGAUGGGCGGCCACAAUACCAUCGUGAUGCACAAUACGUGCGAGGAUUCGCUUCUUGCUAGUCCAAUCAUAUUAGACUUGGUUAUCCUCUGCGAGAUGUGCCAGAGAAUCAAUUUCAAGACAGCCAACAGUGAUGAUUGGGAAACUUUCCACCCAGUGCUGUCCAUCCUGAGCUAUCUCUGUAAAGCGCCGCUAGUUCCUCCUGGUACACCAGUGGUCAACGCACUCUUCAAACAACGCGCCUGUUUAGAGAACAUCUUCCGAGCCUGCAUUGGAUUGUCACCAAUCAACCACAUGACUCUGGAACACAAAGUAACCGCACCGCUCCCAAAGCUGGUUGCAACCAAAAAUGUAGAAGUGCAGGAAAAACCCAAACCAUACGUCAUCAACUUGAAAAGACCACAGGAAGUACCAGUGGAGGAAUAGAAUAAAAAAAACGCUGCAAAUCGUUGGUCACAGUAACUCAGUUUUUCCCCAACUCUGAUAAUGUGUUCAAGUUAUUUGUGAAAUUUCAAGUCAAAUUUGUAGUCUUCUUGUCAUUACAAUAACUUAUUUGACCAUCUUCUAGUUCAAUUUUCAUGAUGGUAUAAAAUUUGGCUUAAAUAAAACAUUUGUUAGAUGCAAAAUAAGUAAAUGGAAUAAAGACAUUAAAUUUUAUAGUACUUGUAAGGAGACACAGAUAUCCCAAAGAUCUAUAAACCAUUUUGUUUUCAUUGUGUACUUUUCCUGCCAAAUCAGGCUUGUAUUUUAUUUUGUUUAUAUAUAUAUAUACCUAUAUAUUAUAAAAUCAGUUUUUUAAUAAUACAGUACCGUACAUGUAUUAUUGAGGAACACGUUGGCUAGUAUUUAUACAUUUUUGCUUUAAAAUGUUGCUUUACUAUUAUUUUUUAGUAACUUUUAUAUAAUUCAUGUAUAUUUGAUAAGGGGACAUGGAGAUUAAUACAGUACAGGUAGAAUUAUUUGAGCAACAUGAUUAUUUAUUUUAUUUUCCUGUAAUGUUGCAACCCUGCUUGAAGUCGGUUCCCUGCAACGGAGAUAGUUUUCACAAAAUAUUCUAUCAAAGUUGGAUUACAGAUGUACUUGUAUGUUUAGCGUUAAAUAAAGUUACAAUAUUAAA